GCUUCCGCACCGCCCCCUGCCACUGCUGUUUUUUAGCGACGUGCUUGCAUUUUCCGUCCGUACCCCAGGGACGAUGAAUCUGAUGGCGAGCGGAUACCCGAGGCAGCGCAUACUCGAGGCAACGGAUGACCCUGCGUUCCCCAUUCCUCGGGAGAUCGACGAGAAGCACGAGGAUGCCAAGGACGCGGAGACGAGGACAUACAUCACACGACGGGGGGGGGACUUUGAUGAGAUGAUGGGGGGAGACGAGGAUUGUUGGGGCCCUUUCGGGGAGGUGGCUUCCACAGAUGAUGUGCGUGAUGAGAGAGUGGGGGGAUCUCAUGCACGCAGUAGCCGCGCAGAGGCGGGGAUCACGACUCCUACCACGACGAGGCCUCAGUCGUCCAUUCCCCCACCUCCUGCUCCGAGUUCGGCACCUACUCCUGCUCCGAGUUCGGCACCACCUCCUGCUUCGAGUCCUUCGCCACCUCCUGCUCAGAGUCCGGUGCCAUCUCCCCCUUCGAGUUCUCCGCCAGCUCCUGUUCCAUGUCCUCUGCCACAUACUACUACGAGUCCUGCACCACCUCUUGCUCCGAGUCCUGCGCCACUUCCAACUCCGGGUCCUGUAUCACCAUCGCCCGUUUCGCCACUUCAGACGCCCGCUACAGAGGUGGAGACGCAGAAGUUGGCAUCCUCCUUGCCUCAACACGGUCUUCUGCACAGAUCUACGGCGAUUCGCCGGCUGAGGUUACGAUCACCUUCCCCGGGGGUUUUGCAGGAGGAGGUUGGACAUCGUGCCACUUCGACGGACAUGGGGGGGCCAGCCGUACCGGAGGUGGAGGUGACAGCAGCGCCAGCGGUGGAGGCGGAGGUAGCCAUAGCGGAGGAGGUACGAGCAGUGGCAACGAGGGAAGAGGAGGUGCGAGCUGGAGUUGCUAUGGCUGGACAGGGGCAAGACGGGGGGACGGGCGACUCACGGGCCGUAGUUCAUGACACAGCGUCGGGUCAGGUUGUCCUGUUCUCGGGCCUGCAGUUGGCCGAGGCCCGACAGUCGCAGCCGACUGAGGUGGUAGUGCAUGAUGUGCCACCUGUUGUUUUCACGGACUUGAAGUCCGAGCCGUUGGUUGUGCGUCCACGUCCUAGACGCCCGGCUCCGCAGGAGGUUCAUUGUCCAUUGGAUGCAGAGGAGUUGGCGGCGGGCGCUGUGCUCGAUGUUACUCGAUUGGACUGGCAGAUAUUUGACCAGAAACUCACCCAUCCACAGUGGCAGACGAUCCCUUUCGUUCCAUGGGCCCCUGCGUCGCCAGUGUGGUUCGGGUCCACCUCCAUCGGAGGACGCAGCAGGGUAAAUGUUCUUAGGGCUGAUGGGGGCAUGCAGGAGAGAGCAUCAGGUUGUAAGCCGCUGCGAGGUUGCGAUGGAGGAGUGUCUACAGAGACCUUGGACGAUGCUUUGAAAGCAGCGACGCGUGUUGUGCAUGACCAGACUCCAGACAAGCGUGGAGUGCCUCGUCCACGCCUCAUGCCUGCACAUGGAGGCGCUGCACUUGGAGAGUCUUCGGGGGCGGAGGGGUUGGGGAUGCCUCGUGGAUUCCGCCGUCAGCAGGCGGUCGCACAAGCUAGUGCGAGGGUUGUUGUGUUGAGGACAGGAGGCGACCCUGUCACCAUCGAGGAGGAUGAUCCUGAGAUGACACCAGUAGCGCGGGAGGAUGAUGAGGACUAUGAGGGUGAGGAGGGUGGUGAGGAGGAGAGUGAGAGCGGUGAUGGCGAUGCCGCCGACGACGACGAGGAUGAGUCCCCACCCCCCCCAUCGACGCGUGCUUCGAGACGUGUUGCGCAUACGUCUUCAUCCACACGAGGGAAGAGGAGACGGGCAUCCGGCAGUCGAGGGGGCACGAGCAGACGAGAAAUAGGAAGGAUGGAGGGCUAAGGCAUGAGUAUCGGCGCCUAGGGGCCUUUCGUUCCAUGGGCCCCUGAAAACG